UAGAUCUGAACAGGGGAGUGAAGUUGGGAAUAUGGGAUCUGUUUCCUCUUGCUUGCUUGAAGAGGAUACUGAGGAAUAUCAACAUUCAAGUGCUUCGGUUUUCAGAAGCUGCAUCUGCCUCAGAUGCUUGGCUCAGCAAUUGAUAAGCGUGUACACUGCAUUAUUUUCAAGAGAGGAAGUGCAUGCCGCUCCUUCAUCUUUGCGGGAAAGAGUUCCUGUUGCAUCUCCAUCACUAAACAUUAAUGAUUCUAUUCCUGACACGUACAAUGCUCCGCCCAGGCCUGUACCUUAUGAUGAUCCUAUAUUCUCCCAGCUUCAGCAUGAUGGGCUUAUCUCAAGGCACGAUAAAAUCUUAAGCCAUUUCCAUGAGGAGUCUGAACCAUUUAUAAACAACAAUGAUAAUGAGGCAGAAUUGAAAACAGAAGGCAAAUGUAAGUCAAUCUUUGAUGGAGGAUACAAAUUUGGUCAGCCAGAGUCCUCACUAAAGCGCUUCUCUGCAGAACCCAGAAAAGAAAUAAUGAAUAACUUUCCUUAUGAGGAUGAGGAUGUUUGUCCAACAUGUCUUGAAGAUUAUACUUCUGAAGACCCCAAGAUUACAAUGCAAUGCUCUCAUCAUUUCCAUCUUGGUUGUAUAUAUGAGUGGAUGGAGAGAAGUGAUGCAUGUCCUGUUUGUGGCAAGAUGAUGGUAUUCAAGGAAGCAACAUGAUCACUCCAUGAACUCCGUGUGCCAAAGUUUGUAUAUAUCCAUAAUGUGUAUGUCAAUGCCGCAAGUCUUCAUCGGUGGAUCUUUUAAAAUGACAAGGAACUCGCACGGCUUGCGCUCGGGUGGAGAGUUUUACAUAUUAGGCUCGAUGUUGUACAUGAAGUCCAUUUAAGAAAAAUCUCCUGUCGGAAGUUGUCCGAUAGUGGAAAAAGAUGAGCAUGUCAAUCUGAUGACUCCUCCGUGUUGCCAUUUUAUAGCACUUGCAUCGUCAAGUCUGUGAGAAGUGAAAACAAUACAUAGGAGAGGAUCACUGCUCGAGUUUUCUCUUUAGCAUUUGGACAAUGAUCGGCAUGGUUGCUGUGAACCCAAUCUACUAUUCCUUAUCAGUACAAGUUGUCUCUGAAGAGUGUUUAAACAGCACGAUAAUGGUAGGGAAUAAAGCGAGGUUGCAACAUCA